CGGGCCCUAAUGAUAACGAAUAACUAAGUACCCACCUACUUCUGUUUGUUUAUGUUGCUGAAGAUGUUUGUUUACUUCAUGUUAAAAGUAAACCCUUAAAAUCUUUAAUUAUUAAAGUUAAUUAUUGCAAUCAUGUCUGUGUGGUGUGACCGUAUCAGUCAUUCGACCAUUUCGCAAUUGUGAAGGUGUAGAGUGGACGGACACCGUUGCGCGUGGCACGUGGUUACUGUGUCCAUGCGGGCCGGGCAAAACUUGUUUCCUUCAUUCGAUUCAAGCAACUCACGUACGCGCUUAGCUCGGCCUAUGUCGGCUAUAGUCGAGCGUUCUCGAGCAGUCGACCGCCGAGACGGGCUGCGCAUGACGAUAGUAGCAUUCGUAUUCGUAUUCACUCAGACAUUGAAACAUGCUACAAAAUUCCGUCAUCAAACAAACACAAGUAAGCAAAUUGUCAGAGACGUAGACGGCCAACCAGUGCGAUUCGUGUUGUGCUCGCAAUAGGGCGCUCGUUUAUAGGACGUGUCGCGAACUUUUCGCGUAGUGUAUUAUUUAAUAAUAAUUAACCUUGUACUUUGCAUUUAAGUGAUAUCACGUAUAGCAAAUAGUUGUGCAAAUUGAUGAACUCCAAAAUGUCAGAAAGCGCACAGGAUGUCGUGCAGGAUGCCGCCGCGGCGGUCGCUGGAACGUCACUUUUCAGCACUUUCGAUAUAGUCAUGCUCAUUGUUUUAUUGGGAGCUGCGGUUUGGUGGCUAUACAGCUCCAGGAAAGAAAAUAAGAAAGAUGAGAUUGUGCUCAGUAAAUACUCAAUACAAACUGCGGGCUCCAUACAAGUAGCUGAGAACUCAUUCAUCAAGAAACUGAAGUCAUCUGGCAGAAGCCUGGUGGUGUUCUACGGUUCCCAGACAGGCACUGGCGAGGAGUUCGCAGGCCGUCUGGCUAAGGAAGGCGUGCGCUACAAAAUGAAAGGCAUGGUCGCCGACCCAGAGGAAUGCGAUAUGGAGGAACUAACCAAACUGCAGGAUAUACCAAACUCCUUGGCGGUGUUCUGCAUGGCAACUUACGGUGAGGGUGACCCCACGGAUAAUGCUAUGGAAUUUUACGAAUGGCUGAAGAGUGGAGAACCGGAUCUGACAGGUCUAAAUUACGCGGUCUUUGGUUUGGGUAACAAGACAUAUGAACAUUAUAACGCUGUGGCAAUAUAUUUAGACAAACGCCUAGAGGAACUUGGAGCAACUAGGGUACACGAAUUGGGACUUGGAGAUGAUGAUGCAAAUAUUGAAGAUGACUUCAUUACAUGGAAAGACAGAUUCUGGCCAGCUGUAUGUGAAAAGUUUAAUAUUGAAAGCACUGGUGAAGAAGAGCUGACUCGCCAAUUCCGACUUGUUAGUCACCAACCUGAAGAAAUUCCUUCAGAAAAUGUUUUCACAGGUGAAAUUGCAAGGCUUCACACCUAUCAAGUUCAAAGACCGCCUUACGAUGCUAAAAACCCAUUCCUUGCACAGAUUACCGUCAAUAGGGAACUACAUAAAGGAGGUGACAGAUCUUGCUUACAUGUUGAGCUAGAUAUUUCGGAAUCGAAGAUGCGAUAUGAAGCAGGUGACCAUGUGGCGAUAUAUCCUAUUAAUGAUACAAACCUUGUGGAUCGACUUGGUGCAUUAACCAAAGCAGAUAUGGAUGAAAUUUUCUCUUUAAUCAACACUGAUUUGGAGAGCAGCAAGAAGCAUCCCUUCCCUUGUCCCACCUCUUACAGGACUGCACUUUCACAUUAUUUAGAAAUUACAGCUGUGCCUCGUACUCAUAUUCUGCGAGAAUUGGCAGAAUAUUGUUCAGAUGAAGAGGAUAAGAAAAAGCUUCUUUUGAUGGCUACGAACUCUCAAGAAGGCAAAGAAUUAUAUCAUUCAUUUGUUGUUGACGCCUGCAGAAAUAUUGUCCACAUACUUGAAGAUAUUAAAUCAUGUAAACCUCCACUUGAUCAUCUGUGUGAAUUACUGCCACGGUUACAACCAAGAUACUAUUCUAUCUCAUCAAGCCCUAAGUUGUAUCCAGAAACUGUCCACAUAACGGCAGUAGUGGUGGAGUAUAAAACAUCGACGGGUCGCGUGAACAAAGGCGUGGCGACCACGUGGCUGGCGCAGCACAAGCCAGAGGCGGGCAAGCCCCUGCCAAGAGUACCGGUCUAUAUUCGGAAAUCUCAAUUCAGGUUACCACUUCAAACGCAGACCCCCAUUAUAAUGGUUGGGCCUGGGACUGGGUUCGCGCCGUUCCGCGGCUUCUUGCAGGAGCGCGCGCUCGCGCGGGCCAACGGCAAGGAGGUCGGCGAGAACAUACUUUACUACGGGUGCAGACACCGCGACCAAGAUUACAUUUACCAAGAGGAAUUGGAGAAGUAUGAAAAAGAUGGUGACGUGCAACUGAACGUGGCUUUCUCGAGAGAUCAGGAGCACAAAGUUUAUGUGACCCAUCUGUUGCAGAACAAUAUUGACAAAAUAUGGGAUGUUAUUGGAAACCGCAAUGGACAUUUCUAUGUCUGCGGGGAUGCUAAAAAUAUGGCUGUUGACGUAAGGAACAUUGUUCUUAAAGCAGUCCAAGAAAAGGGUGGCCGAACCGAGGCAGAGGCGGCGCAAUUCCUCAAGAAAUUGGAUUCAAUGAAGAAAUAUUCAUCAGACGUGUGGAGUUAGGCUUUUGAAACUUCUUCAUUGAAGUUCAAUUUUAAGCGGCUAGGCAAUUUUUAUUCAGUGUAUUAGAUCCUUUAUUGUAAAAGUGUAUUUCUUCGAUUAACGUAAUCGCGCAAACAAUACAAACGACUAUUUGAUGUAUAUUGUCGAGUUCACAAAAAGUCUUAGCGUGAUUGUGCUCAAUUUUAAAACUGGGACGAUUAAAUGGUUGUAUCGACCGAAUUAGAAGAAAUCUUUAUCAAUUAGCAAUUAUAACCAAUGAAAUCUGGCAAAAGAGAUCCAUUUGCUAUUGAGUCUUGUGAACGCCUCUAAAAACGUAUGAAUGUGAACACUUUAAUAUUUCUAAUGUUAAAUGACAGCUACAAAUUAUAGCUGACGAAUUUUACUGAAGUUGGCCGUUAGGUUGCGCAGUUAUUCCUAACUACCUAAGUUAGCUAACUCAGUGGAACUACAUAAUAAACAAUGGUUGUACUUUCGAACAUAGUUCAAUUUGAGAAUAAAAUAAGAAUUGUUUUUAUGUGUAGGGAUCUAUAUUAUCUCAUAUUUUACUAUGAAAAUCUAUGUGAUAAAAAAUAUAUGUGAAUAUGGGCACUUAUUCCAAUUACAAUGACAGGUGUGCAUGUAUCCAAAGACAAUAUACUUAUAUUGGAAUUACUUGUGAACUACCUACGAUAGUUCAAUUCUGUACUGAAUUUUACCAUACUUUAUUUCUAAAAUUUCUAGUGUCGUUGUUGUGACUACAAUGUAGUAUUUUUUAAUGUAAAUGUUAGAAAAAAUUAUUUCGGCAAAUUUAUUUAUUUAAUGUAAGUACCUAAGGAUUUUAUUUAUGUUAUUGAACUAUCGUUGCAACAGCUAUUUGUUGUUUACAGUUGAAAUUCCUGAAAUCUCUCAAUAUUGUAUUUCUGUAUAAUGAGAUGUAGAGUUAUACCAGAUUAGAAGUUGUUAUUCCUUUGUAUGAAGAAACAAUAUGAUUAGUUUCAUAUUUUUUGUAUUAUUGACUUUUAUAAAUUGACGUGUAUGGUGUUUAGAAGUUAUAGCUCUUGUUGAAUGUAAAUCAGUUUUACGAUUUGUUGGUAGGUAUAUGUUAAUAACGUAAUAUGCGGACUGGGAAAUAGAUAUAAGAGAACAAAGAAGUGUAAUUUUAUAUAUAUAUGCAUUUCAAUAUAAAAUUUUGUAUAGAAUAUUCAGUUCUUUUAUUUUUUCAGUCCCUACAAAACCAUCACUCCCGUGUACUAUGUGUACAUAUUCUAUAGCUCAAAAG